AUGUUACUUAAUGUACCACCAUCUAGUAAAGACAAUUCAAAUAGUUUUAAUACUGAAUUUGAUCUAAAGAAAAAAAUUGGUGAAGGAACGUUUUCCGAUGUUUGGCUUUGUGUACAACGAAACAACAAACGAGAAUAUGCGGCAAAAGUAUUGAAAAAAAAUUAUGGAUGUACAGUUGACGCUGACACAUGGAACUCUAUAUCCGAAGUGAAUGUAUCAAACUCGGUAGGAAAACAUCCAUUUUUAAUUAUGCUAGAAGCCGCAUACCACGAAAAAGAAACAGGAAAAAUUAUUUUAGUGUCAGAACUAAUGAAAAAAUCAUUAUACGAUAUCAUAGAAAACGGAGAAUGUCCUCUAUCAGAUAAUAGAAUUAAAACUUAUAUGUAUCAAAUGUUAGAAGGUUUGAGAUAUCUGCACGAAAAUGGCUUUAUCCAUAGGGAUAUCAAGCCAGAAAACAUUUUGCUAAGAUCGCGGGACAGGCUAUUGAAAAUUGGCGAUUUUGGAACCACGUGUCAUUACACUAGUGGCCAUCCGUACACAGAGUACGUGGCAACUAGAUGGUAUCGCUCACCCGAAUGCUUGUUAACACGGGGUUGGUACAAUUCAAAGAUGGAUAUUUGGGCUACGGGAUGUGUACUUUAUGAAAUAGCCACCGGUCACCCGUUGUUCGAUGGUCGAGACGAAAAUGAUCAGAUGGAAAAGGUUGACUAUGUAUUAGGCAGCCCAGACCAAAGAUUAAUUAAUAAAUUUAAGAAACAUAAAUCUGACGUGUUCAUCGCACGAUACGAGAUCAAACGAAAUGAAAGAACCGCUGGAGUUGGACUGCAUUCAGUGUACCAACCAUACCGGCCGGCAUAUGAAUUAAUCAAAGAUAUGGUAGUUUAUGAUCCAUCCAAAAGGUACUCGGCAGAUCGAUUAUUACGAAAGGCAUACUUUUAUGAUAUUAAGAAUACUGGGUAUGAAUAUAAAAUGAGAGAGUUUGACAAAUUCCUAAGAAAUAAAACAAUAAUCACCUUAUUCGAUAACAAGCAAAUAUCGAACUCAACAAUUAACAGACAGUCUUCGUUAAUUAAAAAACAAGGCCCAGGUGGUGAUCGCUUACAAAAUUUGCAGACACGUUCGGGAAAUGCUGAAAUAUUUGAUAGAUUAUCUGAUAUAAGUCAAAAAAUAGAGCAAACUAAAUUGGAUAAAAAUAAGUCAAAUUCGAACAAAAUAUGUUCAAAGGUCAAUAUGAAAAAAUCUAUAAUUAUCCAAGAACCAGAGAAUACCUACCAAGAAAAUAAAAAACCAAAUCCAUCGAAUAAAUAUUCAAAGACUAAUACAAAAGAUAUUCCUUCAGUUAAACAAAUGUUGACAACUUCAGUAUCGACUUUAAACAAAGGCUCAGUAAUAAAAAUUGUUAAAAAUAAAUUGGUAAACCGUCCACCGUUCAGAUGA